CACAUAAAUGACACACACUGACACCACCUCUCCCUCCUCUCCAGAUUCCCAGUCCUCUCCUCUGGUGCGCGGUGGUCUGCUGGGUAGCGUCAGGGCGCCUCAGAGCUCGGCCACCUGCAUGAGCUGGGGUGGAGCCCACUACCGCACUUUUGACAGGAAGCACUUCCACUUCCAGGGCAGCUGCACGUACCUGCUGGCCUCAUCUACUGACGGCACCUGGGCAGUCUACAUCAGUACGGUCUGUGACGGGAGAAGAGGCUGCAGCAAGGCUUUGAGGAUGAUGCUUGGUCUGGAUUUGGUUUCAAUUCAUCACAAGAACUUAACGCUGAACAACCUCCCUGUUCCAAAUGGAGAGCCACUCUUCCAAAAUGGAGUGAGUGUUCAUUGGCUGGGGGACUUUGUGUUUGUGGAGAGCGGCCUGGGAGUGAGAGUGAAGUUUGACCUGACCAACACGGUCUACCUGACGGUGACCGCCGAGCACCUGGCGGCCACCAGGGGGCUCUGUGGAGUCUACAACAACAAUGCUGACGAUGAUUUCACCACAAUGGGUGGAACUGUGUCCCAGUAUGCCGCCAGCUUCGGCAACUCGUGGAAAGUUCCUGACCAGCAGAAUGAAGGCUGCAGCGACGCGGCUGAGCUCGGCCACAGCUGUGAUGUCUCAGGAGACCCUGCCCUACGCAGGCAGGCAGAGUCAGUGUGUCACCGACUGCUGGAAGACCCCUUCAAACACUGCCAUCCCCGGUUGGACCCAGCAGCGUACAUAGACACCUGUCUCUACCUGUACUGUAGCCUGCCACCCAAAGACAGGGAUUCAGCAGUGUGUGACACGCUGACCAGCUAUGCCCGAGAGUGUGCUCAGCAACACGUCAUCAUACUGUGGAGAACAGCCACCCUGUGUGGUCGCGUCUGUCCCAGAGGUCAGGUGUUUUCAGACUGCGUGUCCUCCUGUCCCCCCAGCUGUGUGUCUCCCCAGCCCCCUGGGCCUGCUGCAGCCAUGGGCCAGUGCAGGGAGGAAUGUGUGGGGGGCUGCGAGUGUCCGCCGAGCCUCUACCUUCACCAGGGACUCUGUCUGAAAAGAGACGACUGUCCUUGUUUCCAUCGCAGGCGCACCUACCAGUCAGGGGACAGGAUAGAGCAGAGAUGCAACACCUGUGUGUGCAGAGCAGGCCAGUGGCAGUGUACUGGGGAGAAGUGUGCAGCCCAGUGCAGCCUGAUGGGGGCGCUACAGGUGAUCACAUUUGACAAAAAGAGGUACUCUCUACAGGGAGGAGACUGUCCCUUCACUGCUGUGGAGGACUUUGUUGACAGGAAGCUGGUGGUGAGUGUGCGCUGUGGGGAGUGUACAGCAGGAGGAAGAGGAGCAGGAGGAGGAGGAGGAGGAGGAGGCCUGGGUUGUCUAAGGGAGAUGUCAGUCACAGCCCUCCGCACCACAGUCACCAUCACAGACACCGGUACAGUGACACUGAAUGGCCUGAGGGAGCCGCUGCCUGUGGUGACGGGGGACCUGGUUGUGCGUAGGGCCUCCUCUUCAUUUCUCCUCAUCCAGACUUUUGGAGCCCAGCUGCUCUGGCACUUAGAUGGACCUCUGGUCCUCAUCACCCUGCUACCUGGCUUCGCAAAUAAGGUGCGCGGCCUGUGUGGAACGCUGACCUGGAACCAGCAUGAUGACUUUACCACCCCAGAGGGCGACGUGGAGAACAGCGUGUCGUUGUUUGCAAGCAAAUUCACCACGGAGCAGUGUGCUCUACCUAGAGGAGCUCCACCUGACCCCUGCACCACGUACACCCAGAGGAGACAGUACGCAGAGACUGUCUGCUCCGCCAUACACAGCCCCGUCUUCCAGGUGUGCCAUGACGUGGUGGAGAGGGAGCCCUAUUUCCAUCACUGUUUGUCGGAGGUUUGUGGCUGUGCUCCACAGAGGGCCUGUCACUGCACCAUCCUCGCUGCCUACACCCGACACUGCGCUCAGGAGGGCGUUGCCGUCCACUGGCGCAAUCACACCUUCUGCCCGGUCCAGUGUUCGGGGGGUCAGGUGUACCAGGAAUGUGGUCGUGCCUGUGGGGGCUCCUGUUCAGACGGAUGGAGCUGCGAUGCCGGUGGUGGUGGUGGGAUGGGUCUCAGGAUGUGUGUUCCAGGUUGCCAGUGCCCACCAGGACUAGUGCAGGACCACCAGGGCCAGUGUGUGCCCAUCACUAUGUGCCCUUGUGUGCAAGGAGACAAGACGUACCAGCCUGGGGCUGUCCUUCAGAACAACUGUAAUACCUGUGUGUGUGAGCAGGGCCUGUUUAACUGCACCCAGGAGCGCUGUGAGGAGGUGAACCAGUGUCCAGGCUCUCUGGUCUACUCUCCACGCUCCUGCCUCCUCACCUGCUCCAGCCUGGACCCGCCUGGCCAACAGCAGGGCUCCAGUGUGGCACAGUCCAGCUGCAGAGAGCCCCUGUCUGGCUGCGUCUGUCCCCAGGGAACUGUGCUACUAGGUGACCAAUGUGUUCUGCCAGAUGAGUGCCCAUGUCACCAUAACGGUCGACUUUAUUACAGCAACGACACCAUCACUAAAGACUGCAACACAUGUGUGUGUAAGGAGCGCCGCUGGCACUGCAGCCAGUCCGCCUGCACCGGCGUGUGCGUGGCAACUGGCGACCCACACUAUGUGACAUUCGACGGCCGCUGUUACUCUUUCCUGGGCGACUGCCAGUACGUGCUGGCGAGGGAGACCAGUGGGUUGUUCAGUGUAAUUGCAGAGAAUGUGCCAUGUGGGAGCACCGGGGUCACCUGUACAAAGUCGGUCACCCUCAGCCUGGGAAACACCGUCAUACAUCUGCUGAGAGGUAAAGCUGUGACAGUAAAUGGGAUGCCAGUUAAUCUACCAAAGUCUUACAGUGGCAGUGGUCUGACUUUGGAAAGAGUCGGCCUGUUUGUCUCCCUUUCCUCCCGACUGGGGGUCACUCUACUAUGGGAUGGAGGUAUGCGUGUGUAUGUGCGUCUGGCGGCCAACCUGCGGGGUCGGGUCGGGGGCCUGUGUGGUAACUUUGACGGGGACACAGAGAAUGACUUCACUACGCGGCAGGGCAUCAUGGAGUCCACAGCCGAGCUGUUCGGUAACUCCUGGAAGGUCAGCCCCUCCUGCCCUGAUGUGGCAGACCAGGACCUCAGAGACCCUUGUGCUAUUAACACUCACAGGGUGCCCUGGGCCAGGAAGAGGUGUGCAGUCCUGACCCAGGAGCUCUUUUCUCUGUGUCAUCCUGAGGUGCCCUUCCAGCAGUAUUAUGACUGGUGUGUCUUUGAUGCUUGUGGCUGUGACUCAGGUGGGGACUGUGAGUGUCUCUGUACAGCCAUUGCUGCUUAUGCUGAAGAGUGUAACCGCAGAGGGGUCUACAUCCACUGGAGGUCCCAAGAGCUCUGUCCUCUGCAGUGUGAUAAUGGGAUGGUGUAUGACCCCUGUGGUCCAGCUUGCUCUCCCUCAUGUCCCAGUGUUCAGCAGAGUCCACACUCCCAGUGUGGCGCUCUCUCCUGUGUGGAGGGCUGCUUCUGCCCUGCUGGCAUGGUCCGGCACGGGGACAGCUGUGUAGUUCCCAUUCAGUGUCCAUGUGAGUGGGAGGGCUCCAUGUUUCCACCUGGAACUACCAUCACUCAGCACUGCCAGAACUGUUCCUGUGAGGAUGGUGUGUGGCAGUGUGAGGGUGUGGCUUGCCCUCCUGCCCCCCCUCCCUGUCUGGAAUCAGAGUUUACCUGUGCCGGGGGGCGCUGCAUCCCCUCCCAGUGGGUGUGUGACAACGAGGACGACUGUGGCGAUGGUUCGGAUGAGAUCUGCCCAUCCACCUGCUCUCCAGACCAAUUCCACUGUACCAGCAAGCCAAGUGGCCCAUGUUUGAACCUGGCUCUGCGCUGUGAUGGCCACCCAGACUGUGCUGACCAAUCUGAUGAGGAGUUCUGCGGACCUGCCACCCCCAUGCCCCUGUGCCUACCGGGGGAGUUUCAGUGUGCCAAUGGAAAGUGCCUGCCGGCCAGUCGUGUGUGUGACGGACGGCUGGACUGUGGUUUCGCUGAUGGGUCUGAUGAGCAAGACUGUGGUGUGGUGUGCGAUGAGGGGGAAUUCCUGUGUGCCGGAGGACGUUGCAUUCUCUACCUCCACCGCUGUGAUGGACAUGAUGACUGUGGGGACCUCAGUGAUGAGAGGGGGUGUGUGUGUGCACCGGGGGAGUUUCAGUGUCCUGGGGAUGAAUGUGUCCCUGCAGAGAGAGUGUGUGACGGACACAGAGACUGCCCCUCUGGAACAGACGAAGCUGUCUGUCCAAGUAAAGUGACUUGUGCUCCUGACCAGUUUGCCUGUAGUGACGGUACAUGCGUUGACACCACUAAGUUGUGUGAUGGAACGACAGACUGUCGAGAUGGAGAGGAUGAGAACAGAACCAACUGCUACACUGUUAUCUUAACACCCUCACCUGUCACCCCCACUAUGCCCACUUCAGCUUGCAGGUCCUAUGAGUUCAGCUGUGCCACUGGUGGGCAGUGUGUGCCUCAGGCCUGGCGUUGUGAUGGGGAAACAGACUGUAUGGAUGGCAGUGAUGAGCAACAGUGUAUCUGUGGUCCUGGCCAGGUGCCUUGUCUCAGUGGGGACCAGUGUGUGGACUACCAGCAGCUCUGUGACGGGACCCCACACUGCAGGGAUGCCUCAGACGAGAGUAUCGACAACUGCGGCUCUACUCGGAUACCUCCUUGUCCAGGCAGCUUCCAAUGUGACAACCGCACCUGUGUGAACAUGUCGCAAGUGUGCAACGGCGUUCCAGACUGUCCACGGGGCGACGAUGAGUUGGUGUGUGAUAAAACUGUCUCACCAGUGCCCCCUGGCGGUAGGAACACCACUCACACCUGCCCUGAAUUUACCUGUAUGGAUGGAUCCUGUGUCCCCUUCAACAUGGUGUGUAAUGGUGUGGUAGACUGCCCAGAUUCCUCACUGGCACCACUUGGAGGCCCCACUGAUGAGCAGGGCUGUAGAAGCUGGAGCUCCUGGGGUCCGUGGAGCCCCUGCAGCACCUCCUGCGGUACAGGCUCCAUGAGCCGACAGAGAAGCUGCCCUCCAGGAGAUCCACUGCGCCACUGUCGUGGACAGGACUUCCAGAAGCAGCAAUGCUUCAACACCACCUGCCCUGUGGAUGGGCAGUGGCUGCCGUGGGCGAGCUGGUCGAACUGUUCCAGCGAUUGUGGUGGAGUGCAGGUCAGACACAGAGGCUGCAUUCCUCCUCGCUACGGAGGCAGAGACUGCUCCCAGCUCCCUGGACCAUCCAACCUACCCAUGGAAAUCAAGCCGUGUCCUGACGACGGAUGUGCCAACAGCAGCUGUCCCACUGGGCUGGUGAGACACAGCUGUGCUCCCUGCCCAGUGUCUUGUGCCCACAUCAGCAGUGGGACGACCUGUGAUCCAAUAGCACCCUGCUCCUCAGGUUGUUGGUGUCCAGAGGGCCAGGUGAUGAGCCACAUGCAACAGUGUGUGUCCCCAGAGGAGUGUGUGUGCGAGGUGGCAGGUGUGCGCUACUGGCCGGGUCAGCAGAUGAAGGUGGAUUGUGAGAUUUGUGUUUGUGAGAGAGGAAGGCCUCAGAAAUGCCAGCCGAACCCAGACUGUUCAGUGCACUGUGGCUGGUCAUCGUGGUCUGAGUGGGGAGAGUGUUUGGGGCCCUGUGGCGUUCAGAGUGUCCAGUGGUCGUUCCGCAGCCCAAACAACCCCAUCAAGCACGGAGACGGGAGCACGUGUAGAGGGAUUUACAGGAAAGCCCGCCGGUGCCAGACAGACCUCUGUGAUGAGUGUGAGUACCAGGGUCAGUCCCAUGCUGUGGGAGACAGAUGGAGGUCAGACCCCUGCCAGUUAUGUCACUGUCUGCCCAACCUUACAGUGCAGUGUUCACCCUACUGUCCAUACGCUGUCAGUGGAUGUCCACAGGGCCAAAGUCUGGAGCCUGGAGAGGGAGACAGGUGUUGCUACUGCCAAGGAGAAAACGACACCAUUCUUGUGACAGUUAGUCCCGUCACUGUGACCUCCAAGCCAGCAGAGGACACCAAACCUCUGGUUCCUACAUAUCCACUUCCUCCUGGAGAUGAAUGUUGGUCUCCUCUGGGUGUUCAGACUCUCCCAGCCUCCAGUUUCAGUGCCUCGUCACAGCAGACCGGUCACCCCCCUGAUGCAGGUCGCCUCCAUGGGUGGGACCCCCAUAGGGACCUCCAGGGCUGGAGUCCAGAACCUGAGCAGUACAAGGACCUACCACAGCGGAGCCCUGAAGGACACACUAGCAACACACAAAGCCCAUACCUCCAGACAGACCUACUGAAACCAUACAACAUCACCGGUGUGCUAACCCAGGGUGGUGGUGUGUUCGGCACAUUCGUGUCCAGCUUCUACCUCCAGUUCAGCCAGGAUGGCAGACAGUGGUACACUUACAAAGAGCUCGUUACUGAUGCCCGACCCAGAGCCAAGGUUUUUCACGGUAACCAUGACGAUCGAGGGGUGGCGGAGAGCCGGCUGGACAGGAUGGUGUCGGCUCAGUUUGUCCGCCUGCUGCCGCACGACUUCCAGAACGGCAUCUACCUUCGACUUGAGAUCAUGGGCUGUGGAGAUGGUGACCACUGGUUGACAAGCCCCACUCCUCCCUCCCCAGUCUCCCCAGCAGGUGGCUGCAGAGAGAAGGAGUACCAGUGUGAAAACGGUCGCUGUGUGCCAGCAGGUCCACUGGGAGUUGUCUGUGAUGGAGUCAAUGACUGUGGGGAUGGAUCAGAUGAGAUGUACUGUGGUACGCAGCCAUCCCCUACUACCAUCAGUCCACGCAGCUGCCCUACCGGUCAGUUCUCCUGCCCCCCACCAGGGGGCUGCAUCGAGGCAGGGAAGCGCUGUGAUGGGAUCCCCCACUGUCCCAAAGGAGAGGAUGAAACUGGCUGCCAUUCCCACGAAAACAUCACUACCCAGUCAGACAGACCAUACACACCCACUGCUGCUCCUCUCAGGACUCCAUCCAAGGCUGCUGUCACUCGUCCUGCAGUAACACCAACGGGUGGUGGCCCAGGAUAUCGUGCCAUCUGCUCCUCUCCCCUUGGACUGGAGGAUGGGAGAAUACGAUAUGGUCAGAUGACCUCAUCCUCGUACCAUGCGAACAACCCUGCUGACGCUGGACGACUAAACAUCGUCCCUAACGUUCAGGUUAUGGAGCCUGGAUGGAGCCCUUUACCUGCAGAUCCCCAGCCAUAUUUUCAGGUGGACUUCCUGGAGCCCACAUGGGUAUCCGGGGUGGUGACCCAGGGCAGUGAACGCAUGUGGGGUUACCUCACUAAAUACCGCCUAGCCUUCGCCCUGCACAGCAGCCUCUUCACAGACUAUACUGAGGAUGGGAAGCCUGGUGGCCCUGCUAAGGUGUUUGAGGUGCGGAUGGUGGGCAGGACCCCUGUGACCCGCUGGCUCGGUCGGCUCGUCAGAGCUCGCUACCUGCGCAUCAUCCCUGUUGAGUUCAGACACACCUUCUACCUGCGUGCGGAGAUCCUCGGCUGCAGAGGAGAUGAGCUGGUGACCCCGAGUGGUGUGACCACAUCUCCCUCUGGUGGUGGGAAAGUGACCGUGCCUCGCUGUAAGCCAGGCCUGUUUGCAUGUCAGCACAGUGAUGAGUGCGUCUCUGUCUCUGUGCUUUGUGAUGGUCGACCGGACUGCAAGGAUCACUCUGACGAGAUCAACUGUGGUACGGCUCCAACCAGAGGCUCUCCAGGGCUGCAGAACCAGACCAGCUCCACAGGGGGACCAGGUUUUCAUGGUGUCACUACAACAGGUGCCCCAGGCCUCCAGACCACCAGUUCCCAAGGUGGCCUUCCUGGUGUGGCUAGCCCAGGGGUCACAGGUCAAACCGGACUUCAGAAGACAACAACCUCAAGUACAGGGGUCACCACAGGUCAACCUGGACUGCAUCUCAAAACAACCCGCCAUUCUGGAAGACCUGGGUUGCAAACCACAACAGCCCCGUGGAUCGCUACCACCCCCCAUGAUGGUGGCCUACCCAGAGUGCUUUGCGUGGAGGGCCAGUUUGUGUGCCGGUCUUUUGGCUGUGUCGACGCGGCACAGGUGUGUGACGGCAGGCGGGACUGUUUGGACGGGUCAGAUGAAGAACGCUGUGGCACCACAGCCAGACCAGCGGUGACUCCACAGGCGCCCAGCCCCUGCUCUCCCAAGCAGUUUUCCUGUAACAGUGGGGAGUGCGUUCACCUGGACCGCAGAUGUGACCUGCAGAAGGACUGUGCGGAUGGAUCGGAUGAGAAAGACUGUGUGGACUGCAUCAUGUCCCCAUGGACAGCAUGGAGUAUGUGUAGUGUGUCCUGUGGUCUAGGGUCUUUAUUCAGGCAGAGGGACAUACUGAGGGAAGCUCUGCCUGGAGGAUCGUGUGGUGGAGCUCAGUUUGACAGUCGAGCCUGUUUCCCUCGAGCGUGUCCAGUUGACGGCCACUGGUCGGAGUGGACGGAGUGGUCGGAGUGUGACGCUCAGUGUGGAGGCGGUGUCAGGCAGAGGAACAGAACCUGCUCUGCUCCUCCACCCAAGAACGGCGGGCGGGACUGUGGGGGCAUGACCCUGCAGAGCCAAAGCUGCAACAGCCAGCCCUGCACCACAGACAUCGGCACUCAGACAGGCUGCGUUAACAGCAUGGUGCUCGUGACUGAGGCGGACUGCCAGGCUGGGAGAGUAGAGCCCUGUCCUCCUACCUGCUCACAUCUCAGCUUGACCAGCAACUGCACUGCAGCGUGUAUACUUGGGUGUCGCUGUCCUGAUGGUCUGUACCUUCAGGACGGGCGAUGUGUGAAUGCCAGCCAAUGCGUCUGUCUCUGGGACGGUCGAACGCUGCAGCCAGGACAGACGGUCAGCAGGGACCAGUGUACCACAUGCGUGUGCACAGAUGGACAAGUAACCUGUGACACCUCCCGUUGUGUGGCGCACUGUCAUUGGUCAGCCUGGUCGUCAUGGUCACCAUGUGAUGUAACCUGUGGACUGGGGCUCCAGCAACGCUACAGGUCUCCAGUGAACCCAGCUGGAGCAGUAAAAAUCCUGCCCUGUCCAGGAGACUCCUCGGAGGCCCGCCGCUGCUCCAGACCCUGCCUCCCUGUGCUUCCAGAUGGAGUCUGGAGUAAAUGGACCAGCUGGUCAGAGUGCAGUAAGACAUGUUUCAACCAUGUAGAUGAUGUCGGAAUCAGACGACGAUUCCGCAGCUGCAACCACACGCUCACGCCCUUCAACCACACACACACGGACUCUGCCUGCAAUGGAGACAAUGAGGAGCAAGAGCCUUGUAACACUGUACACUGUCCAGUGAAUGGCGGCUGGUCAGGAUGGUCAUCGUGGUCUCAGUGUUCAUCAGAGUGCGACUCCGGCGUCCAAACAAGAGAGCGAUUCUGCAGUUCACCCUCACCAGAGCAUGGGGGCAGCAGCUGCCGCGGGCCACACAUACAGACAGGAGACUGCAACUCCCAUCCCUGCUCAGGUGUGUGUCCAGAGGGCAUGGCGUACAUGACAUCUGCAGAGUGUGAGGCUCACGGCGGUGCGUGUCCGCGGGUGUGUUUGGACAUGACCCCCACAGAGGUACAGUGUGCCACCGCCUGUUACGACGGCUGCUACUGUGCCCCGGGCUUCUACCUGCUCAACGGCAGCUGUGUGCCCCUGGCAGAGUGCCCAUGUUACCACCAGGGGGAACUGUACCCAGCCGGAGCCACCUGGCCUGUCGAUGGCUGCAAUAACUGUACCUGCACUAAUGGAGAAAUGGAGUGCGGAACAGCUCCCUGUGCUGUGGACUGUGGCUGGAGCAGCUGGACCCACUGGAGCGCUUGCAGUCGAACAUGCGAUGUUGGAGUGAGAAGGCGGUAUCGUUCGGGAACCAACCCUCCUCCAUCUUUCGGGGGUCGUCCCUGCAAAGGAGACAGAGUUGGGAUGGAUACCUGCAGCAUUGAACCCUGCUUUGGUGUGAAGGAGCCAUGGAGUGCGUGGUCAGAGUGCUCAGUGACGUGUGGAGGAGGUUACAGGACCCGAACCCGCGGGCCCAUCCGAAUCCACGGCACCGCUCAGCAGUUCAGCGCCUGUAACCUGCAGCCCUGUGGAGAUGGCAGGGUGUGUCCUCCAGGCCAACAGUGGAAGCAGUGUGUGAGUGGAGCAGUGACAUGUACAGACCUCACAAUGGACCUCAGCAGGAACUGCACACCAGGCUGCCAGUGUCCACAAGGGACUGUCCAACAGGAUGGCGCGUGUGUGCCGCAGUCUGACUGUCGCUGUGACUUGGAUGGAGAACAGUACAAACCAGGAGAUACUGUUCCCACAGACUGCAACAACUGUACAUGUGAAGCAGGGAGGCUGGUCAACUGCUCUCAAGUCAGCUGCAAUGUUGAUGGCCAGUGGUCAGUGUGGACUCCCUGGGGUCAGUGUUCGGUGUCGUGUGGAGCGGGUCUCCAGUCCCGGUACCGGUUCUGUUCCAGCCCCCAGCGCUCUGGCAGUGGCCUGCCGUGUCUGGGCCCUCACAGACAGGACGAAGUCUGUGUCGCCUCGCCAUGUGACCGUGACGGUGGCUGGGGUCAGUGGAGUAACUGGACGCAGUGUACCAAGUCAUGCGGUGCGGGGGUUCGAAGUCGGAGGAGAGAGUGUGACAGUCCCAGUCCAGAGGGGGAGGGGAACUACUGCGAGGGGCUGGGAACUGAGGUCGUAGCCUGUAACACUGACCACUGUCCAGUGGCGCCUUGCUCGCAGGUCCCAGGCACAGUGUUCAGUAGCUGUGGUCCCUCUUGCCCUCGCUCCUGCGAUGACCUGGCUCACUGCGAGUGGCAAUGUGAGCCGGGGUGCUACUGUACAGAGGGAAAGGUCCUGUCUGCUAACGGGACAGUGUGCGUAGAGAGAGAAGACUGUCCCUGCAUGGACCUCAACACUGGACACAGGCUGGAACCAGGGGAGACCACUGAAGCCCCUGAUGGAUGUAACAACUGCACCUGUGAGGGUGGGAGGCUCAACUGCACCAGAGACCCCUGUCCAGUGUCAGGCGGCUGGUGUGAGUGGUCCGAGUGGACUCCGUGCUCCAGGACCUGUGGGGCAGAGUCGGUGUCCCGCUACAGGAGCUGUGGCUGUCCUGAGCCCAAGGCUGGAGGAGCGGCCUGCUCUGGAGAACAGGAAAUACACAACGGGGUCGGAGUUCAAAUCCAGAGACAGCCCUGCCCUGUCAUCACCUUCUGUCCAGUCCAUGGUUCGUGGAGUCCCUGGUCAGCGUGGUCGGAGUGUGAUGGGUGCGCCGGGUCGUCCACUCGCACCAGGGAGUGUAACAGUCCUCCCGCCAGGUUCGGUGGGCUGCCCUGUCUUGGAGAGAGCAGGCAGAGCAGCGGUUGCCAUGACAACAUCACCAUCUGCUCAGACUGUGGUGGAGGCCAGGAAGAAUGGCCUUGUGGGAAACCCUGUCCUCGCUCCUGUUCGGAUCUCCAUGGUGACACAGAGUGCCUGGACUCCCCUGGAUGCAGACGGACCUGCGGUUGUCCGGGUGAUAUGGUUCUGCAGGACGGAGUGUGUGUGGCCAGGGACGAGUGUCGCUGCAAAUACCACAACAGCUCUGCUACUGUAACGACAUUCGGGCUAGAUUCCAGUGAUGCAUCAUGGGUAUGGCCUGGUGGAUCUGAUUGGCAGUUUGCAAACCCUGGAGACAGCAUCAUCAGUGACUGCAAAAACUGUUCAUGCGAGGCCGGGGUUCUGCAGUGUCAAUCAGUCCCCGGCUGCUAUGUUGACGGUGGCUGGAGCCAAUGGGGGGCCUGGACUGAUUGCUCGCUCUCUUGUGGAGGAGGAGUCAAGUUCAGGAGACGCCAGUGUGAUAACCCGUCGCCUCAGAGCAGUGGGAGAGGCUGCCUGGGAGUCGCUGAACAGCAGAAAGACUGCAACAUACACCUGUGCACAGACUCUGUGGGCCCGUGGCUCCCCUGGUCUCAGUGGUCUGUGUGUUCGGUCAGCUGUGGUGGAGGACAGCAGUCCCGCUCUCGUCUCUGCAGCUCUCCGCCCUGCAGCGGCCUCAGCCGUCAGAGCAAGACCUGCAACACCCAGGUCUGCCUCGAAGUGGGCUGCCCUCCUGGCAGGUUGUACAGGGAGUGUGAACGAGGUGAAGGCUGUCCGUUCAGCUGCGCUCAGGUCAGCGGCAGGGAGGGCUGCUACUCCGAUGGCUGCGAGGAAGGCUGCCACUGUCCCCCGCACACCUACCAACAUCAAGGUGUCUGCCUGCAGGAGUGUCCUUGUCUGGUGGACAAAGAGUUUCUGGCCUCUCUGCAGAGUGUUUCUGUCACGCAGGUCUCAUCUCUGCUCCUCCAUAACAUCUCUGAGGGAGAGGAGCUUCAGUCCGGAGACACACUGGUCCAUGAAUGCAGCACCUGCGGCUGUGAACAUGGCAGGUGGAACUGUUCCUUGGAGCAUUGCCCAGUUGAUGGCGGUCUGUCACCCUGGGGCUCCUGGAGCCCCUGCUCGCUGUCUUGUGGAGGUCUGGGCCUAAAGACUCGCUCCAAAGUCUGCACACAUCCUGCCCCAGGCUACGGAGGAAGAGACUGCCAGGGGCCACGCCAGGAAACCACCUACUGCCAGGCACCUGACUGCCCAGUUAUUGUUGGUCCGACAGAAGAACCAGUUUUACCAGAUGAGGACGCUGGCUUCUCUCCGUGGUCAUCAUGGAGUCCCUGCACUAAGACCUGCACUGAUGCUCUCAGCCCGGCCAUGAAGUCCCGUCAUCGACAGUGUAUCAGACCCCCCUGCUCUGGAAGCUCUCACCAGGAGAAGGCCUGUAACCUGCCCCAGUGUUCAGAUGGAGACGAGGUAUGUGUGGGGCCAGACUGCGCAUGGAGGAACUGUUCAUGGACAGACUGGGCGGAGUGGAGCUCCUGUUCGCGGUCCUGCGGAGUGGGUCAGCAGCAGAGGCUCCGAACCUUCUUCAGUCCCCGGACCAACGGCUCCUGGUGUGAGGACAUCUUGGGAGGAAACCUGGAGCAUCGCUUCUGUAACAUCAAGCCCUGCAGAGUGGAUGGAGGUUGGUCUCGCUGGAGUCCCUGGUCUCGCUGUGAUAAGCGCUGUGGUGGCGGCCGCUCCAUACGCACUCGCUCCUGCUCCAGCCCUCCGCCCAAGAACGGAGGGAAGAAGUGUGAAGGAGAGAAAAACCAGGUGAAACCCUGCAACACCAAACCCUGCGAUGAGAAAGGGUGCCCGCCGGGCCAGGAGUUUGUGUUGUGUGCCAACCAGUGUCCACAGCGCUGCUCAGACCUCCAGCAGGGCAUAGAGUGCCAGGGCAACACCGAAUGUCAGCCCGGCUGUCGCUGCCCUAAAGGCCAGUUGCAGCAGGACGGGGUGUGUGUGCAGCUGUGGCAGUGUGACUGCGUGGAUUCACUGGGACAGAUCUGGGCAGCUGGCAGCUGGCAUCAGGUGGACUGUAACAACUGCAGCUGCUCUGACGGACAGCUCCUCUGCACCAAUCACAGCUGCCAGGCCGCCUGCAUUUGGAGCUCCUGGUCCAGUUGGGCGUCGUGCAGCGUUUCCUGUGGGCAGGGCCAGAGAACCAGAUACAGGUCGCUGAUCCCAGAGUCUGAAGGAGCAGACUGCCAGUUUGAGGAAGUCCAGCAUAAAUCCUGCGACCCAGGACCCUGCCCACCUCUCUGUCUCCAUGACGACCAGGAGCUCAGAGUGGGUGACACCUGGCUGCAGGGCGAGUGUAAACAAUGCACGUGCACCCCAGAGGGAGAUUACUGCCAAGACAUCGACUGCAGAGUGGAUGGUGAUUGGACCCCUUGGUCAGUGUGGUCUGACUGCUCGGUGACGUGUGGUCGGGGCACACAGGUUCAAACCCGCGCCUGCAUCAACCCCCCUCCACGUAACAACGGGUCUCACUGCAGCGGGCCGGACAGAGAAACACAGGACUGUCACACUCCUCCUUGUCUGGAUGACCUUUGCCCCUGGUCGCCAUGGUCACCGUGUUCCCGGAGCUGCGGCGCAGGUUCUGUGUCGCGGCGCAGGGUGUGUGUGUGCGAGGAGGGAGGAGAUGCAGCGUGUCCCGCUGAGAUUGAGGCUGAGAGGAACAGAGAGGAGACCCAGCUGUGUUACAAACAGCCCUGUCCAGGUUGUCCCAUGUCAGCGUGGAGUGUUUGGUCUCAGUGCUCCUGUGCGUCUCCGAGGCAGCAGCGCUACCGUGUAGCUCUCUCCCCGGCCACCAGGGGACAACAGUGCACUCCUGUUGAAACACAGAGCAGGACAUGCAGUCUCAGUCAAUGUGAUGAUUGUGAAGCCCCGUUUGUGUACUCAGCAUGUGGUGCGCCCUGUGAGAAGCAGUGUGCACUGCAGGGCCACGGAGAUCUGUGUUUAGGUGUCAGGGAGUGUACACCUGGCUGCUACUGCCCACAGGGCCUGCUGCAGCAGAACGGUAGCUGUGUUCCUCCAGAGGAGUGUGGCUGCGUCCACCUGCAGCACCAGGCUUCAGGACAACCACCCACACCUGUCACUGUUCCUCAGGGGGCCACGGUCACCAUAGGCUGCAGUACCUGCCUUUGCCAUGAUGGAACUUUGCAGUGUGACAUGAGAGAGUGUGAAGUCAUCCUCAGCGAGUGGUCGGAGUGGACUCCCUGUUCUCCCUGUGUCCCCUCUUCCUCCUCGCAGCACAACGACUCCCAAGCAGGAGUCAUCAGCGGCAGUAAGAUGGUCUCAAUCCAGAGGCGUUUCCGGGCCUGUUUGGACCUGGAUUCUGGUCUUCCGGUUUCUAGAGAGGAGGAGGAGAGCCAAUGUCCAGGACCACUGUCGGAGGAGAGGCUCUGUCCAGAUGCUAACAUCUGUAGAGAUCUGUGUCAGUGGAGUGUCUGGAGCGCCUGGACAGUCUGCGCAGAGCCUUGCAGCGGUGGAACCCGGCAGCGCUACAGACAGCCCCUGGCCUCUCCUCCAGGACCCCGCUGUAAGAGCCAACAGACGCAGAGCCAGAGCUGCAACACCGGACUCUGCCCAGGUGAGCGCUGUGAGGAUAGGGGGCGGACCUACCAAGAGAGCUGUGCCAAUCAGUGUCCUCGCAGCUGCACUGACUUAUGGGAGCAUGUGCAGUGUCUCCAAGGAGCAUGUCACCCAGGUUGUCGGUGUCCGAAGGGACAGUUGUUGCAGGACGGCCACUGUGUGCCAGUGACAGAGUGUCGCUGUGGUGUCCCAUCGGGCAACGGGACGCUGGAGUUCAUCCCUAAAGAGGAGCUUUCUGUGGACUGUAACGCCUGUGCGUGUGAGAACGGCACUCUGGUGUGCACCAAGCUGCAGUGCCCGGUUUACGAGCCCUGGAGCCCGUGGAGUUCCUGCUCGGCCUCCUGCGGACGCGGCCAGAUGACGAGGACGCGUCUUUGCCAGGGCACAGAGGGCGGUCCUUCCUGUGGUGACACCAUCCAGACAGAGAGCUGUGAUCUGCCAUCAUGUCCAGUGGGAUGUUUGUUGAGCGAGUGGUCACCCUGGAGCGAGUGCAGCACCACGUGUGGUGGUGGGUUGACGAUGCGGAUCAAGACGGUCCUCAGAGAGCCAGAGCCUGGUGGGACGGCCUGCGUUGGACCACUUGAACAGCACACUGUCUGUAACACCAACAGCUGCCUGCCUGAGUGUCCUAGCGGGCAGGUGUCUAGUAACUGUUCAGGUUCCUGUCCAUAUACCUGUGAGGACUUGUGGCCACACACUCAGUGUCUACCUGGUCCCUGCACCCCUGGGUGCAGCUGCUCUGAUGGACAGGUGUUGCAGGAAGGCUCCUGUGUGUCCCGCGCCGACUGUCCCUGUUCACCGCUGUCCCUGCCGACUGGUUACCGACGCAUGAACGUCAGCACCGAGGAGAUCACGGAAGCUCUGAUGCAGCCUGGAACGGCCAUUCAGCACCUCUGCAACACAUGCGUGUGCCAAAGAGGAGCAUUCAACUGCACCUCCGAGCUCUGUGAUGUGGACUGUGAGUGGUCCAGCUGGUCCCAGUGGAGUCCAUGCUCAGCCAGCUGUGGAACGGGGCAACGGAGCUCCACCAGAACCGUCCUGCAGCCCAGACGGUACGGGGGGGCCCCAUGCGAGGGCCACGAGCACCGCACCACGACCUGCACGGCCCCAGACUGUGCGUGUCCCGACGGGGAGCAGUGGAGGAGGAGCGUGUCGGAGGAGGUCCCGCUGUGCGAGCGGAGCUGCCAGGACAUUUACUCCCCCGCUCCCGUCAACUGCAGCCGCUCCGCCGAGGGCUGCGUGUGUCGGGAGGGGCUGUACCGCAACACCGGGGGUGUUUGUGUCAUCCCUGCCCUCUGCCCCUGCCAUGACCAGGGCAUCCUGCGGGAGGCAGGAUCCGAGUGGGAGGAGGGCUGUCUGUCAUGUCGCUGUGUGAACGGGAAAAAACUGUGCCAGUUAAGAUGUCCGCCACUCCACUGCGAUGAGGGGGAGGUCAAGGUGGAGGAGCCAGGCAGCUGCUGUCCAGUCUGCAGAAAGCAGUUUCCAGACGAGCCCGUGCCCGAGUGUCGUCGCUACGUGCAGGUCAGGAACAUCACCAAGGGAGACUGUCGGCUUGACAACGUGGAGGUCAGCUUCUGCAGGGGACGCUGUCUGUCCAGGACUGAUGUCAUCCUGGAGGAGCCGUACCUCCAGUCAGUGUGCGAGUGCUGCAGUUACCGUUUGGACCCUGACACCCCGGUCCGUUUCCUCAGCCUGCAGUGUGAGAGCGGAGAGAGCGAGCCGGUCGUCCUGCCCGUCAUCCACAGCUGCGAAUGCACCAGCUGCCAAGGAGGUGACCUGUCCAGACGCUGAGCGAGUAUGUUGAGUGUGUGUGUGUUAGUGUGUGUGUGUGUGUGAGUGUGCGAGCGAGAGCAAGACGAGUAUGAACGCCAAGCCAAGUGAGAGCGCCACCCUGAGAGCCAGCGUGGGUGAUGGAUGGAGAAUUAAGGGAGGGACAGAUCAAUGGCUGGAUGGAUGGAUGAGUGGAGACACAUUGUUCUGUAGUCCUCAGUCAUCAUAUGACUGGAGAGUUCCUGUUUCUGAAACUAUAAUGUUUAUUCUUCAACCUGUACAGCUUUUUUUCUACUGUAUAUUUAUAGUAAUAUUAAAGGACCUAUGAUACAAACCAAGUAAGACCUACUAUGCAUUAAAAUAUGUUUCAUUUGUAUGUUUAAAGAAAAUGUAUAUGUACCAGCAGUCUGCUUUAAGUUGGAGUUUAACUGGUUAGAUAUUUUCACAUGUUGCUGUUCCAAAGGACUCGUCAAUAAACAUUUUCUACACA